GAAAAGAACCAGUCCUUGUCGCCUCAGUGAUAAAGCGCCACAAUUAAAUAGUUUUGGGUAGUAAAGAGAGCGGGCAAGGUGCCUUUUAAAAUUUUAACUCAUUUAGGACGUUUUGAAAAACUUUUUAAAUUAUGGCCACACCACCUAAGAGAAUGUGUAUCAGUCCUGUUUUUGACAACAGCUUUGAAAAGCGAGUAAAGAAGAUUUCAAUAGAGGGCAACAUUGCUGCAGGCAAGUCUACAUUUGUUCGAAUGCUGGAGCAAGCAACUGAUGAGUGGGAAGUAGUCCCAGAGCCAAUAGCAAAAUGGUGCAAUGUUCAGACCACAGAAAAUGAGUUUGAGGAACUUUCUACUUCUCAAAAGAGUGGUGGUAACUUGCUUCAGAUGUUGUAUGACAAACCAAGUCGUUGGGCUUACACUUUCCAGACUUAUGCCUGUUUGAGCAGAGUACGUUCCCAGCUGAAGACUGUUUGCCCAAAAUUGCGUGAGGCUGAACAUCCUGUACAAUUCUUUGAAAGAUCAGUUUAUAGUGAUAGGUAUGUAUUUGCCUCUAGUUUGUUUGAGUCUGGAGACUUAAAUGAAACUGAAUGGGCUGUAUAUCAAGAUUGGCAUGCCUGGCUUCUAAACCAGUUUGAAUCACAAAUUGAGCUGGAUGGGAUAAUUUAUUUAAGAGCUGAGCCGCAGAAAUGUAUGCAGAGACUUCACCUCAGAGGUCGUGAAGAGGAACAAGGCAUUGAACUUGACUACCUAGAGAAACUGCAUUAUAAGCAUGAGUGCUGGCUAUAUAAUAGGACAACACUGCUUGACUUUGAAUACUUGAAAGAUCUUCCAGUGCUAGUUUUGGAUGUAAAUGAUGAAUUUAAAGCCGACAAAAUUAAACAAGAGGGUCUCUUAGACAAGGUUAAAGAAUUCUUGGGCUCUUUGUAACCUUUGACCUUCAAGCAACUUCUGGACUGACAUGUUUGCUCAAUUUUAAUCUUUGCAGAUAUCAUCAAGAAGUUAGUACUGCAAUUACCUUCUGAUAAUUUAUAGUGCAGUUUUGACUCCAACAGACUUUGCUGCUUGUACAGUAUCUUCAGCAUAAAUUCAGGAGUGCCUGUUGCCACACUGCAAUAUUACACUCCCAAGAAUUUAAUCAUUCUCAAAUGGAAGUGACUGAUUGCCAGUCAGUUAGUCGUGCUUAUCAUAAUUUAUCUGCAGAAGCUUUAACUUUUAAUGAAGUCAAUUAAUGGAAAUUUAAGAGUGAAAGUGUUUUUAAGUUCAGGUUUGUAUAGUUUUUAGUACAGACAUUCUGGAAGAAUUUUACAGAAGUUGCUGUCCUGUGCUGAGAAAUAUAAUUUGUCUUUCCUCUGUCUUGCACUUGUAUGUCUAUCAAAUAGACAUUUUCAUGUUCUUUGAUAAAGUAAAUUGUGUAUUUGGUGUAACAAGGCUGCUGUAAAUAUGAAUUGUGAGCAGUAUUUUAUGUUGUACUGUAUGUGGCUCUCAAUACUUUUUAGCCAAUGAAACAUUUGUACUGGGAGGUAGUUGAUCCGUGGUUUUGGUAGUGGAUCAGUCUUUUUAUAAUAGUGGGAUUAUGAGCAUACUUGGUCAUGGUUUACUUUUUUAUUUAAAUACGUUUUAAUGAACCAUUCAGCUGAUCAAUCUACAGGUGCAAUAACAAAAGAAGUAGUAGAAACAAGA